AUGGACGUGUUCCAGAAGGUGGAAAAGAUUGGCGAGGGCGCCUACGGGGUGGUGUAUAAGGCGAGGAACAAGCAAAUGGGGCAGCUAGUGGCUCUGAAGAAGAUCAGCCUGGACUCGGAGACUGAGGGUGUCUCCAGCACCACCAUUCAGGAGAUCUCCCUUCUCAAAGAGCUUAAGCACCCCAAUAUUGUCAGGCUACCGGAUGUGGUCCAUAGUGAGAAAAAGCUAUAUCUGGUGUUCGAGUUCCUCAGCGAGGACCUGAAGAAAUAUAUGGACUCAGCUGCAGCACAAGGGGUCAAUUUCUGCCAUUCUCAUCGGGUCAUCCACCGUGAUCUGAAGCCCCAGAACCUUCUCAUCAAUGAGUUAGGUGCCAUCAAGCUGGCUGAUUUGGGGCUGGCCCGGGCCUUUGGCGUGUCCCUGCAUACCCAUGAGGUGGUAACCCUCUGGUACCAUGCCCCUGAGAUUCUCCUGGGCUGCAAGUUCUACUCAACAGCCAUAGAUGUCUGGAGCAUUGGUUGCAUCUUUGCAGAGAUGGUGACAUGGAAGGCCCUUUUUCCUGGUGAUUCUGAAAUUGACCAGUUGUUCCGAAUUUUUCGAACCCUGGGCACACCCAGUGAGGCCAUGUGGCCAGGGGUCAUCCAGCUGCCGGACUAUAAGGGCAGUUUCCCCAAGUGGACCAGGAAGUCGAUAGAGGAAAUUGUGCCUAGCCUUGACCCAGAGGGCAAGGACCAGCAGCUCAUGCUGCUGCAGUAUGACCCAAACCGGCGCAUCUCAGCCAAGGCAGCUCUGACACAUCGUUAUUUCUCCACCUGCAAGUCAUGCUCAGCCCCACAUCAGUGCAUGCUGGAGCAUUUUUGCUGCUGA